UGAAACGGUUAAAUUGGUUGAAUCUAUUGAAUUAUGCAAAAUUAUUUAAAAUAUAUUAAGAAGGAAUGACAUAAACAGCACCACACUUUAAAAGGACGAAAAUAAUACUAGAUCUUGAAUUUGAUAAAAAGAGACUAAAAUAGAAUUGAAAGACCAAAACACCCCUGACUACUAAACUUUUCCGCCUCACGCGUUGGAUUACCUACCUCUCUAGUAUCCAUUUCCACUUAUGAAUUUUUAUGAAGGGGAGGCGGUCUUGCAGCGGACGGUGGCGACAUUACUGAUGAUGGCGACAACUAACGAUUGUAGUUACAUCCUUGAUUACAGCGAGGAGGUAAUCAUCUGUGUAGGGUUCGUUUGAUAGCGGUGUCGGCCUUACUAAGGGCGGCGGCGAGCGAUUCUAUUUGUCUGUGAAGGUGACAUUGAUGGUGGGUGUCAGUGAUGCCUUACUGGAGGGAGUGGUGCAUCAAGGGGUGGUGCUGGUGCUGGGGAUGGAGUGUGCUGGUGGGACAGGAUAGUGUGCAAGGGUUGCGAAGGGGGCUUGUUAGAGUACUAUCGGAGGUGGAGGCGGCGUUCACCCGAGUCGGUAGGUGGUUGCUACCGCGCAAAUGGUUGUCACUACCGCGCAAGUGGUGGUCAUUUUCACUGUCAUUUGAUCACUGUCAUUCUUGCCGGCGGUGGUUAUUAUGGCUGGCAUGGUCACUAUCACUGUCAUUGGUGAUGGUUAGUUCCCGAAUGGUGAUUGGGGAUUCAUCACUGGACCAUCAGUCACUCUAACGGGUCAACUAGGUUUAGUAAGGGUGUAAUGGCCAUUUUAGGUUUUUUAAUAUCUUUUUUGGAAAUUUUAAAAAGGCCUUUUUUCAUUGGUUAGUUUUUAGUAUUAUUCAAGUCCUA